GGAAGGAUUCGGUUCUUUGUUCUUGACGAUUUCGGUGGUCUCUACAAAGCUGGAUAUUUAUAGAAGCAAACCCUCGACGUCUGCAUGCGCUUGUAAAUUAUUUGGGCCCGACAGAAGCCAAAAAUAUCCUAGGUUUUGCAGCAUCUUUAAGGAACGUCACAAAGCGCUCAAGCACUAAUCAGCAGGUGAUUGAGCUCACCUGGGUUCCCGUGCAAGGCCUCUGAGAGUCCGUGUAGGAAACAGUACUGUUGACCAAUGGGAAGUGUGCCUGCUCUCUGGAGGACUGCAGCACACGGCUGGUGGUUGAAGUGUUGCUGAACAGGAAGUUGCUGAGUAGAAUUGAGAAAACUUCAACAGACAUGAGGGUCUCUGAUCGGUCUCUAGUCUUGCUUUUCUUAGCAGGCUUAAGUUCACUCGAGAAAGUUCCUGCUCACACGUUCUUCGACCGACCGAUCCCAGGAACUCUACAGAACGUCAGUAAGAAUGACACCGGGGUGAAGGAGGCCGUCCUGACUGGAACCUACUCGUUUAAUAAUAAAUCCAACGAUGCCUUCCUGUUCAAAGCAUCAACUGUUGAUGACGCAAAGAGACAGAUCGUCAGAGGCAUCCGCUACGUCCUGGAGGUGGAGAUCUCACGGACCGUGUGCAGGAAGAGGGGCAGCACCGAGGACCUCAACAGCUGUCCCUUCCAGACGGACAGUGUGCUGCAGCAGACAUUCUUCUGUCACUUUGAUGUCUGGUCCAUUCCGUGGAUGAAGACAAUGUCAACCACAUCUUUUGAAUGUCGUUCAAAUGAUACAUUGUGAAAUUUGUUUUCGCCCGAAAUGCAGCGCUUACUUAAACCCAAACCGAAUGUGAAAAUAAAGCACUGAUUGAGCAUCAUGUGCAGUGACCUUCGGUUCAUCA